CGGCGAGGCGUCAACACAGACCCACAGUUCAGUAGUUCAGCCAAUAGCUAGCGCACCAGGAUCGCAAGGAUUAGCAAAAUGUACAAGUUGGUGGUGUUCUUCGCUCUUCUCGCCAUUGUGGCUGCCCGUCCGGGUUACCUGGAGUCUGCUCCGUUGCUCCACAGCUAUGCUGGCCCUGCCAUUAUCCAUGAGCCAGCCUUGGCCAAGGUGGGCGCCAUCAUCAAGACCGUUCCCAGUGCCGUUUCCCAUCAGAGCAUCAGCCAGGUGCACAGUUCGGCCCACAUUAUCCAGCCGAUUGUGGCUCCUGUCCUGAAGACCUAUGCCGCUCCCAUCAUCAAGACCUAUGCGGCUCCGGCACUCCACACGACCCUCCUGUCAUCUCCUUGGGGCGGAAAUGCUUGGGCUGGACAUGGCUGGGCUCCAUCCUGGUAAAUUAAAGGAAUUAGGGACUGACGUCCGAGGUCCUGGAAGGCAUUGCGUGGGCUAGCAACUUCAGCUUACCCCCAUCCCGAUCCCAUGCUUACACUCUCUACCCUGCUGUUUUGUUUUUCUUCUUACACAUUUCGACUGAUGUAAAUAAAUCCAUGUUUCAUGCUCAACAUAA